AAAGAAAAGUGACCACAGCCAAAGCCUGUCCAGCCCUCUGAGCGGCGGGACUGCGACCAGAAGGACUCAUUUACCCCCACGACUGUUUACAACCCGAAGAAGACACCAAGCGGAUCAGCGCGAAAGCGCACGUCUGAGCCAGACUCCGCGUAAGGAAUCACUGUGGCUGCCGCUUUUUGGACACUUAAAUUGCGCACGGCGGAUUCAUGAAGACGCAGGCAGCUUUUUCACUCUCAACACCAGACAGAGGGAACAGGGAGUGAUUCACCCCACUGCCUGCAGCCCCCAUGCCGGGCAUUAGCUCCACCGCGCCUCGUUAUGAAAACUGGGACAUGGACCACCUCGACCACUACCAACAUUAUUUCUACGACGACCACCACGACCCGGAUGAGGAUUUCUUCAAGUCCACAGCACCCAGCGAGGACAUAUGGAAGAAAUUCGAGCUGGUACCGACCCCGCCCAUGUCCCCGAUCCGGGCGGUGGAGGGGUCGGGCAGGGUCGGGCUGCUCUACCCGUCCCUGGGGGACAAGCUGGAGUGGGUCUCUCAGUUCUUAGGGCAGGAGGAGGAGCAGCAGCAGCUGCUGCUGCAGCAGCAGCAGCAACAGCAGCAGCAGGACCUGCCCUGCAAGCUGACCACGGCCAGUGACUCCUUCGGGAACCUGAGCUCCAUCAUAAUCCAGGACUGCAUGUGGAGCGGCUUCUCGGCCGGGCAGCAGCUGGACAGAGUUGUAGGGGAGCGCUGCGCCUCCUGUCCCGGGACGGGAGCUUCUGCCAAAGUCGCAGCUGGCUCUGCCGUUACCUCCCCGGGCAGAGCGCAGAGCGCCCCCGCCGACGCGUCAGCCCUCAGCGGACUGGCAGCGGACUGUGUGGACCCGGCUGCGGUGCUCACUUUCCCUUUGACCGGCGGAUGCAAGAAACAGGUGUCCUCUGGUUCAGAGUCACACACCGACUCAUCAGAUGAUGAUGACAAAGACGAGGAUGAAGAGGAGAUUGACGUGGUGACAGUGGAGCACAAGCAGCAACGCAAACCUCGUCGACUGGUCAACACUCGCAAACCAGUGACCAUAACGGUGCGGGCCGACCCCCUCGACCCCGGCAUGAAGCGUUUCCACAUCUCCAUCCACCAACAGCAGCACAACUAUGCUGCGCCCUCCCCGGACACACUCCCUCCGCCGGCCGAGCCGCCUCGGAAGAGGGUCCGGCAGGAGGCCUCCACCCAGAUCACCCAACCGCACCAGAACUCUCAUUACCACCAGCCGCGGCCCGGCCACGCCCCUCUGAACUUAGACAGCAGGAAGUCUCAUGUGGCCAUGGCUGGACUCAGGUCAGAGUCCCCUAACCUCAGCGCUUCCUCUCCUACCUCCUCUGCAUCACCUUCAUCUCCUCCCUCCUCCUCCUCCUCCUCCUCCUCCUCCUCUUCUUCCUCAAGUUCCCAUCCCCAUAGCUCUCCCUCAAAGGCCCACUUCCUCUCCCACCUGUCCAGCCCCCAGUCCUCCGACUGCGAGGACACAGACAAACGCAAGGCGCACAACUUCCUGGAGCGCAAGCGAAGGAACGACCUGCGCUCGCGGUUCCUGUCGCUGCGGGACGAGAUCCCGGGCCUGGCGGACUGCCCCAAGACGCCGAAGGUGGCGAUCCUGACGCGAGCCACAGAGUACCUGCAGCAGCUACACGUCAGCGAGAGGCAGAAGGCUCAGGAGAGGAAGCAGCUGAAAGCCAGGCAGCUGCAGCUGCUGCAGAGGCUGGCGCACCUGAAACGAUCCUGAGCGACAGGGGUCGGCCGUCACCGCACACGUACACUCACAGAACUGAACGGGACUACAUGAAGGAGAAAAGACACUAAUGUUCACUUUGAAUUGGUCACGUUGGAAUUGUGCGGGUGGGUUGUUUUUUUGUUUUUUUUUUAGUUUUGUGGUUUGCACAUUAGCUUCUGAGUGAUUGACGAGGCCGUGAGCCGGUCAGGACAGCCAGCAUGGGACUGAUCUUAUGGGACAUCUAACAGGCAGAUUAACAUGUCCAUGGUUACUCAAGAUUUGGUUUGUCAAACUGUUGUAUUUCCCCCUGCUAAAAACUGUUGCUUGCUACAGGGACGCUUGUUGUGAAUGCAGCAGCUUCUAGUUGAAAUACUGCUACAACUGUGCUGUUUUAACUGCUGCAUGGUCUGGUCAGACACCUCCUUGAUUGUGACAGGGCUUGGUGUGCUUGCACAGCAGCGAUGUCUCCUCUUUCUAACAGUCUGAAGUGUUUCUCUGGAGAGUCUCCUCCAAAUUUCAGCUUCUCUACAGAGGUGCAGCCCCCUGCUCCUUAGCUCUUGGCAUACAACUUGUACAUUUUGUUAUCAAGUUGUGCCUUUUUUCUGCUCUGCUCUUCUUUUCUAUUUUUUCUUUUCUCUCAUUCUCCAUAGCAUCGAACCUCUUCUUGCUCUCUUCUUCGCUUUUUUUUUUUUUUGCUUGUCAGCCGUUGAAGCUUCUAGCUCUACGCUUGUGGAUAAUGGGAAUGCAGGGGGCUGUAGUGGGACUGUGCUGAGCCAUGCAACAAUAACAACUGGAAGGAUACAAUAUGAACUGCGCCUCCUGGAAUAGCUCAGGUUAAGUCCUAACAUCUGUGCCUGCAGGUUUCCAUUCAUAAACUUUUCUUCUUGCACCACAAAUGUUUCUGCAGUAGCGCAGAGCCCCACAGUAACGGCCCGUUUAGUAGCAUCGUUUGGAGAAAUCAAUAUGAAUAUAAAUAAAUGAGAAAAAAUGUUGCCACGCAGGCAUUGUUGAGAUUGAUCUUAUUUUCAAUCAAAAUCUGCAAAAAAAAAAAAAACACUAUGAGGGUCUUUAUCAAGGUUCCUCUCUGUCUU